AUGGCUUCCAAGAAUAAUGACCUAAGUAUUGAAAGCAUCGCGGCUGCACAACAACAGAUAGGUGAUUCUAUCUGUACAGUUGUGCGCAAUUACAAUAAAGAUGGUCCCACAAGGAAAACCCUCGACUACCUCAUCAAGAAAAGGGAUCAGUUAGAGGAUUUGUGGGAGGAGUUUGACAAAAAUGAUACGAUUUUCCGAGACAAAUUCUCGGAACAUAUGGAUCACGAGUAUUUUCAGAAGGACUAUUUCCAACUGGUACGUCAGGCAGCGGAUCUCAUGAGGAGUGAUGUAAGUCGUCGUCUUUUAGCUAUUGAAGAAAUAGAAGAUGGCGCAAGAAAGAUGCCUGACCAAGAAAAAUAUCCCAAGGAGAAACUAAAUGAAACUCAGACCGUGGAGUUGAAUAAUCCAACAGGAAAAGGAGCAAUUCCAAAACCAAGUAUCCGCAAUUCAAUUUCAAAACCGAAUUUCCAAACAAAUUCAAACCAAGAACCCCAAUAUACAAUUAACCAGAUGAAUAACAAGACAAGAUUUAAUUUAAUAUUAAAUAUAUUGAAAAGAUCUUUAGACAAGGUCGAUGAGCAGUCCUUGUUGAAUAAAGGUCUACAGUUUCGUCAAAUUAAAAUAAGAAGUUUGGAACAGAAUUGGGAUGAGAUCACUUGUUUAUAUCGGAAAUUGGACCAGGAAUUGGAUGCAGAGGAAGUAGAAGACUACUUUGAUAUACAAGAAAAGCUUGAGGAGACGUUAUUGAUGUUAGCAACUAGCGUCGCACCAUCCCAAGAAACAGCAACUGACCCAAAACCUUCAAAUAUAAUGAUGAAGCUGCCAAAAAUUGAGCUCCCUAAAUUUGAUGGAGAAUACUUAAACUGGUUGCAAUUUCAUGACUUGUUCAAGCAAAUGAUUCAUGAUCAGCCUAUCCCACCAGCACAAAAAUUAUAUUUCCUAAGAGCAAAUGUUACAGGAAAAGCCAAGGAAUUAAUCCGAAAUUUCAAGCCAACUGAUAGCAACUACGAGGUAGCUUGGGGUGUCCUUGUUGAACGCUUCAACAAUAAAAGAUUACUAUUGACUGCACAACUAAACAAGCUAUUGAUUCAAUCAGCUACAACAGCAACAAGUUCAAGUUUAAGAAAACUACAUGAUAACACGAAGGAGUGCUUGCAAGUUAUUUCCAACCUUAAUGUCGAUAUCGAAAGUUGGGAUCCGAUCGUCGUUCAUUGUCUGCUGCAAAAACUGGACAAAGAGAGCAGAGAAAAAUUCGAGUUUACGAUCAAGGAUCCGAGAAACAGUCCAUCCAUUGAAGAGUUUCUGAAGUUCGUUGAGGCCAGAUUUCAGACUCUAGAGGCCAUUAACCCAAAAGAUGGAGGAAGGAUGAAGUAUCAAAGCCUGGAAGUCACCAGCUGCGAUACUGGGAAAAAGUCAACCAUGGUCAUUGCGCCCAAGAGCGAUCAGGAACUAAUUUGUCAUUUCUGCAAUUCAAGUAAGCAUGGUAUAUACAAUUGCAAUAAAUUUUUGUCUCUUUCAGGUAUAGAACGAGGAAAAGCUGUCCAUAAACUGAUGUUGUGCAGAAAUUGUCUCAAGAAAGGCCAUUAUUCCCAAUCAUGUAUAGCUCGAAGAUGCCAAAAAUGCAACAUGCUCCACAACACGUUACUUCAUCAAUAUAAAAUACAAAAAUCUCAAGAAAUAAGCAAGGGUCAGUGGGGUGAUAAUGUAUCUUCAAGCAACACUCCACACCAAGUAAACCAGGCAGUAAACCAGGCAGUGAACCAGACAGGAAACCAGGCAGUAAACCAGGCAGGAAACCAGGCAGUAAACCAGGCAGUAAAUAACGCAGCAGCAGAAACUCGUGUCCAGAAACGCCACGUAUACUUAGCAACAGCAGUGGUCAAUGUGAUAUCUUCGUAUGGUGUACGUAUCCCAUGCAGAGCUCUUCUUGAUUCCGGAUCUCAGUUGAACUUUGUGACCACAUCGUUCAUUCAACAGUUAGGUACCAAAAAGUAUCGCAAGGAUACCGCUAUCAGCGGAAUAGGAGCACAAGAGUGCAGGUCCGAGUUUGUGGCCUCAAUAACAUUUGAGUCCAAAACCUCGGACUAUAAAGCGACCAUUGAAGCGAAUCUCAUGGCCCGCAUAAGUGACUACCAGGCUUGGCAAGAAGUUGAUGUGUCAUUGUGGAAAAUUCCCAAUCACAUCCAACUUUCAGAUCCUUCUUUCUGGAAGGCAAAUCAAGUUGACAUGCUCUUAGGAUCUGAACUUUUUUUCGACCUAUUUAUACCUGGAGAAGUCAAGAUUUCAUCAGAUCUUCCAACUUUGCGGAAUACAAAGUUAGGUUGGGUCGUUGCAGGAGGCGUUUCAGCCUCAAAUUCUAAUUCAAACUUUAAUUGCCAUAUUGUAACGAAGCCAUCGUUAACAUCAAUGGACAAACUUGUUCGUUCAUCCUGGGAAACAGAAAGCCAUGACACUCCUAUUGAUGCUGAAACCGAGGAAGAACAUCAGUGCGAAGAACAUUUCAAGAAGAACACCACAAUGAAUUCCGAAGGUAAAUUUGUUGUGACAUUACCAUUUAAACAGGAUCCUAUAAUAUCUUUAGGGGACUCCAUGUCAUCAGCAAGAAAAAGGUUUUUUUCAUUCGAAAACAAGCUAAACAAGGAUGAAGAACUCAAAACAUCCUACAUUAGCUUCAUGCAAGAAUAUGAAGCAUUAGGUCACAUGACACCAUUGAAAAAUGGUAUUAUUCCAAGGGGGCACUACGUCAUACCUCAUCAUUGCGUCAUGAAACCCGAAAGUUCAACAACAAAACUUCGAGUAGUUUUUGAUGCAUCUGCUAAAACCACUUCUGGUCUCUCACUCAAUGAUAUACUUAUGGUCAACAGUUCAACCAGAUCUUUUCUCAAUUGUUCUAAAAUUCAGAAUGCACCGAUAUGUAUUUACUGCGGACAUAACAAAGAUGUAUCGUCAGGUCUUAUUACGAGAGGAAGAUCAAGCUUUCCAACAUAUUUAUUGGAGACCAAGAACCGAUAUGCCACUGCAGCUUUAUAA